AUGCCCAGCAUGUUGGUGGGCAAUGCGGUCAGCAUCCUAUUCCUCCUGGUUCUUUUCUGUAGCGCGCGUGUAUUCGCCGCAAGCGAAGAUCUCAACGUAUAUGGCGGAUAUGGCCCCGAAGUCCUCUGCGUUUUCCCAAUGAGCGGACCAUAUAAUCUCCUCCAACGCAUACUCUUCUACCUUCUGCUGGUGUUUGCCGUCCUUUGUCGCCGUCAAAAAUGGCUGGUCCUCGGUGCACUCGCCAGUGCGAUGUCCUAUAGCGGGGCCGCAGCGAUUCACGGCUUCCUCCUGGCCAGCCCCGCGCAGAAUGCAAUAGAUCUUGAUAUCUACGGAAUUUUCGCUAUAACUUCGUCCGGCGCCAUGCUGGCUGCCCCUUUGCUGAAUUGUUCAUCGACUUUGAUAUAUGCAGAGAGAAGGAAGCGAUGGAUCGUGAUUCUGUGGGGACUUCUUUUGGUGGUUGGUGCGAUAUUCACUGCAUCGUGCAUACAUGUAAAUGGGGCGGGCUUCAUCACCCCAAAGUGCAUUCCACGCGCCGAUGCAGCUUCAUUCCAUGGCUCACUAUUCCCCAGCCCCAGUGCGGAUUGUCUUUACGCAUGUGGGCCCGAAACUCGACUUUUCCGCCCAAAGAAUGACGUGGUGGCCUGGCCUAACUAUAUCAACCGUCCCAAGGAUAUCACCUCUAUUUUCCUUCCAGCAACGAUCAUCUAUAUAUUUAGCUGGAUCGUCGUUGAGAUACUAUUCCGCACAGUGUGGAGGAAUAAAAGUACGAAUAUCCAAUUUACAACAGCGGCCUUCGUAGUCGGUCGAAGUAGGAUAGGCAACCUUGUUCAUAGUCGGCAGAAUACCAUCAACAAAGCCCCAGACGUGUCUGUGUCGAUAAAUCCGUUUUCACCGCUGCCUUCUCCAUCGCAAUCCUGGCUGCCCGGACCGCCACUGCCAAAAAGGCGACGAUCUUGCUGGGCCGCAUUGCUUAAAAACCUCCAGUUGUGCGUUAUGCUUGCUCAUUUCGCUGCCUUCGUCGUCAACGUCGUCAUGUGCGAGUAUCGGAUGGUCCACCUCCCCAGCAACGAACAGCCAAAGGAAGUCGGCCAGUGGAUGCCUUGGGUUAGUGUUGCGCUGGUUGUUUUUGCCCAGAUGCUUAACCGAUAUAUGAAACUACGCUGGGGAGGUAUUAGGAGAAAACGAUUGUCCCCCAGAGAUGAAAAGCGGGCACUGGCGGUUGAACGAUGGAGAGAGAGUCUUGUACUGGCGGCAGAGAGGAUGGCAGACGAACGAAUUGUGACCCCCCCAGAUGAAGUUUUGAAAAGGGACAAUAUGCCUCCGGGUCUGAGGAUGUUUAGGAGUGAAGCAACGAGUUCAACGAGGAGGAAUAGUUUCUGA